GACAGGUAUGAGACAGGUUGGACUGCACUAGUGAAAGAAGGAUUUGUAAAGCUGAGGACAUGUGUUUUGGAAGCUGUGCUAGAUGUAUUGGUUAUAAGUUGCUCAUCCUUGCCUUGCUCAGCAUCGUGGCCAACAUUUUACUUUAUUUUCCCAAUGGUGAAACAAGAUUUGCUUCAGAGCAUCACCUCGGCAAAUAUGUGGAGUGCCUUCAUGGCAUUCUAGGUGGAGGCUUUUUGGUGCUCAUUCCAGCUGCAGUAUUCAUUGGACUUCACAAUGAUGACUGUUGUGGGUGCUUUGGCCAUGAGGCCUGUGGGAAAAGCUGUGCGAUGCUGUCCUCAGUUCUGGCAGCCUUUGUUGGGAUCCUUGGUUCUGGAUACUGUAUAAUCAUUUCAGCAUUGGGCUUGUCUCAAGGACCAUAUUGUUUUACUCACCUAGAGAGAAACUGGAUCUAUCCUUUCAGUGAAUCCUCUGGAGGGUACUUGUUUGAGUAUAACAAGUGGUCUAAAUGUCAAGAACCUCAAAACAUCGUGCAGUGGAAUGUCACCCUCUUUUCCAUCCUCCUUGUCUUGGGAGGAAUAGAGUUCAUUCUGUGCUUCAUACAGAUAAUCAAUGGCAUUCUUGGAGGACUAUGUGGGUUGUGCUGCAGUCAUGAGGAGACAUACGUUUGCUAG